AUGCUUCGCUUUAUAUGCACUGUCUGGUUCAACGGAGAGAUGGAUAACGACGAACCGCGCAGAAAUAAGUUCGGUUGGCUGGGUGUGCGGUGGUGGAGGGAAGGGGGAGGAGGUGAUGGGCUUGCGGCUGGCGGAAGAAUGAGUUUCCAGGCUCAAACUUGCCUUGAUUGCUCCUCGCGGAAUUCACGCUCGGCUUCGAAAAAGCAUCAAGCAAGAACCAUUCACACCCAAGACCGUGUGCCGGAAUGCCAGCUUCACAUUGUACCGAGGGAAACCAUUUGA